AUGGCGGAGGCCCCCAUUGUUCUCGAUGGAGGUACCGGCUUCCUGAAAGUCGGAUAUGCGGGACAGAACUUCCCCGAACACCAAUUCCCUUCGAUAGUGGGGCGGCCGAUUCUCAGAUCAGAGGAACAGGCUGGAGAUAUUAUUGUAAAGGAUAUUAUGUGUGGGGAUGAGGCUGCUGCCGCCCGAUCAAUGCUGCAAAUUAGCUAUCCUAUGGAGAAUGGAAUUGUAAAGAAGUGGGAUGACAUGCAACACCUAUGGAAUUAUACGUUUUACGAUAAAAUGAAAAUUGAUCCCACCGGCCGGAAGAUCCUCCUGACCGAGCCACCGAUGAAUCCCCUUAAAAACAGAGAACAGAUGUGCGAAGUGAUGUUUGAGGGUUACAACUUUGGAGGAGUAUAUGUUGCUAUACAGGCGGUUUUGGCCCUUUAUGCACAAGGUCUCAGCAGCGGUGUGGUCGUUGAUUCAGGCGACGGCGUCACACACAUCGUGCCGGUCUACGAAUCCACUGUGUUAAAUCACCUAACACGCCGUCUAGAUGUUGCUGGUCGUGAUGUUACCCGCAACCUCAUUGCUCUCCUUCUCCGCCGCGGCUACGCACUUAACCGUACCGCUGACUUUGAGACAGUGCGCCAAAUCAAAGAGAAGCUCUGCUAUGUAUCCUACGACCUGGAGCUUGAUCAACGCCUUUCAGAAGACACAACCGUGCUGGUAGAAUCAUAUACUCUUCCAGACGGCAGAGUGAUCAGAGUUGGUAGUGAGCGAUUUGAAGCGCCCGAGUGCCUCUUCCAACCGCAUCUUGUUGAUGUCGAACAACCUGGCAUAGCGGAAUUUUUAUUCAACACGAUACAAGCCGCAGAUGUUGAUGUGAGAAGUAGUUUGUACAAGGCUAUUGUUCUUAGUGGGGGUAGCAGCAUGUAUCCCGGCCUGCCGUCGAGACUUGAAAAAGAGUUGAAACAACUCUGGUUGACAAGGGUGCUGCAAGGGAAUCCAGAAAGACUAAACAAAUUCAAAGUCCGCAUCGAAGAUCCACCUCGAAGAAGACACAUGGUCUUCCUUGGGGGUGCCGUCCUUGCGAACCUUCUCGCAGACAAAGACAACAUGUGGAUUUCCAAAGGAGAAUGGCAAGAACAAGGUCCCCGUGCCCUCGAAAAGCUCGGCCCAAGAUAG